AUGACCAAGCUCGAGACGCUCAAAGCCCUUGUUCAACGAGGCACCGCGCGUUCCAAACUUCUUGCAGAGCGUUUCCACUCCCCUCCAGGCGCAGCAUUCGAGCCCCUCUGUCCACACAUCACCAAACUAGACUGUGCAAAGUCCCGCCAACAGGCGACAGGCUCCUUCACCGCCUGUCCCCUUGUCCACUUCCGGCCUAUCCUCAGGCCGCAUACCGACCCCUCGCUCGGCCAUUGCUCCUACCUCAACACAUGUUAUUCCGAGCCUUCUUAUGCCUUGUCGCCUAGUAUUGGCCCUCCACCUGCGAGGCCGAGCGGGAGCGUGUACCUCCCUAGCGGGUUGGGAGCGGGAGGGAGGGGCAAGGAGAAGGCUCCGUGUCGGUAUCUGCACUUUGAGGUGGACUAUGAUGGUGAAGAACCAGUGAGCGGGGGGGUAGAGCAGCGAGCGGCAUAUAUCCCCGCACUCCAAGUAGGCAGACGGCCGCCCAGGAUUCCAGAAGAACAAAGGCUCCCGAUCGGUCGUGGCCCCAACGGCACGUACUCUACGCAUCUGCUCCCUCCCCAGUGGAUCAACUGCGACCUGCGCAAGUUUGAAUAUUCUAUUCUGGGCAAGUUUCAUGUUAUCAUGGCUGACCCUCCGUGGGAUAUCCACAUGAGUCUGCCAUACGGGACCAUGACCGACGACGAGAUGCGCACCAUGCCCCUCCCCUCGCUGCAAGACGAAGGCCUCAUCUUCCUGUGGGUCACAGGACGCGCCAUGGAAGUGGGCCGAGAGUGCCUGCGCGUGUGGGGAUACACACGGGUGGACGAGAUCAUUUGGCUCAAGAUUAACCAGCUACAGAGGGUGAUCAGGACCGGAAGGACAGGACACUGGCUCAAUCAUACGAAAGAACACCUCCUAGUAGGGCUCAAAGCCCCCCACGAUCCCUCAGGCGCCCUCAUCUGGCCUUCCUGGAUAAACCGCGGGCUGGACACGGACGUCAUCGUUAGCGAGGUCAGGGAGACCAGUCGGAAGCCAGACGAGGUGUAUGGGCUUAUUGAGAGGAUGUGUCCCGGGGGGAGGAAGAUCGAAAUCUUCGGAAGGAAACAUAACGCCCGCCCGGGGUGGAUCACACUGGGGAACCAACUAGGGAGUGACCAGAUCCAUGAGCCAGAUUUAGGAGAGAGGAUGCGGCAGCGGUAUGUCUUUCCCCUCUCAGCUCAGUUUCGUUCGCUUCGUUCCAACUUCCUUCCCCUCACUUUCCGGGGUUUUCCUUCGUUCAUACCUUUUCCCUACGCUGUGUUCUAUUCGUUCGCUUCCCUGAUCUUUCUUCUCCUCUACUCUUCUGUUACCUUACCUUUCGUCAUGUCUUGA